CAUCACAAAUCUGUCAAGCGACUGUAUGGGUUGAGUGUAUUUAUCAUAUUUAAUUCUAAAAAUAUAAUAAGACAAACUUUUUGUGCUGCGUAGUGAAAAAAUAAACAUAAGGUGGCGCUCAAUAAUUAAACACAAUGUCUAAAUUUGAAGACAAUCCGUUUAGUGAUCCAGCCAUAGACAACCCCUUUGCCGACCCUGCAGUGCAGCAAGUAGCGAGGAAUACGAAUAAUGUGACACAGGGUCUUGACGACUAUAAUCCUUUUGACGGCACCCAAAAUGCAAAUCAAGCUACGCCUCCGCAACAGCCAACACAGCCGGCGAUCAUGCAAGCAGUGUCUCCUCCGGCCAGUGGACAAUAUACACGACCGAGUCCCUCGCAGCAACCUCAGGCUCCACCAUCAAACUUCACAACUGCUGAUUUUCAGAGACGGCAAGAGGAAUUGGAGCGAAAAGCCGAAGAGCUAGCGCGACGGGAAGCCGAGUUGCGUGCUGGGUCCGCUGGCCGUAGGAAUAACUGGCCACCGCUGCCUGCCUUUUGUCCUGUACAACCAUGCUUCUACCAGGACAUCAAUGUGGACAUACCGCUCGAGUUUCAGAGGAUUGUACGGCAUUUGUAUCAUUUGUGGAUGUUCCACUCCCUGGUCCUGGCAUUGAACAUCGUCGGCGGAAUGGCCCUACUAUUCUCCGGAAUGGGCCCAACAGUAUUCGGCCUGUCCAUCCUGUAUUUCAUACUGCUGACACCGUUCAGUUUUGUCUGCUGGUACCGACCGAUAUACAAGGCGUUUAGAAGUGACUCGUCGUUCAACUUUAUGGUGUUCUUCUUUAUAUUCCUGUUCCAAAUAUUGAUUACUUUGGUGCAGUCUAUUGGAUUCAGCGGUGGUGGCUCUUGCGGUUUGAUCACAAGCAUCGACGCGUUCAGCGUGAACGUGGGAGCUGGUAUCGUGACGUUGUUGGUUACCAUUGGCUUCAUCACCUGCGUUGUAGCUGACAUUCUGCUCAUGACUAAGGUGCACCGCAUCUACCGGUCCACGGGCGCGUCGCUGGCGAAGGCGCAGGCGGAGUUCACUACGGAGAUCCUGCGCAACCCGCACGUGCAGACCGCCGCCAGCAACGCCGCCGCAGCCGCCGUCAACGCGCAGAUAUCCAACAACCGCUACUAGCGAUGAAAAAACACCAAUCAUCGAUCAGCAUUUAUGUGCCCAGCGGAUAAGUACAUAACUACGUGUAAAUCAAUAUUAAAUUAUAAUAUAUUCGAGCAUUAUAUUAUUGAGGUUUAUUUAUUCUGAGUGCACGUUUACUAUUAGUUUAUUAGGCCAGUGUAAAUUGUAAAGGUCACUUAUCUUUUACAUGUUACUUUUUGACGUGACAACGUCUUAUAAUUCGAUAGAGCCGAUUGCACGCAUGAAAAAACAUGACUCAUGCGGCGUUACCUCGCUCUGAGGCGUUCCGUAAGGAGUG